GCGACUUACAAUAUAUUAUGAAGGUCCUCCUGCUUAUAACUUUAGUUUCCCUUCUUCUGGGAAUCGGCGCCCUCGCUGGACAAUUUGAUAUCGCUGAAGAUGAAGUGAGGAUUGUGGGUGGAAACGCAACGACUAUAGAACAAUUUCCGUACAUUGCACAGUUACGUAUUGAUAACCAAUUUGAGUGUGGGGCUUGCAUUAUUUCACCAAAGUGGGUUCUCACCGCAGGACAUUGUACUAAUGGGUAUACGGAACUUAUAGAGAACAUUACAUUACGUGUAGGUGCUACCGAGUUUGAUCAAACAGCAAACGAAGCAAUUACUCUCGCAAAUUUGUACAUUCAUCCCUUAUACAAUGAAACAACACAGGACUACGACAUAAGCAUUCUCCUUCUGAAUAAUAAUCUUGUAUUUGGAAAUAAAAUUAAUUCAAUUGCUUUACCACCACCCAACCUCGUUUUACCUGCGGGAACGUUAGCUACCGUCGCCGGCUGGGGUACUUUAACUUAUCUAGGAGCCCUUCCGACACAAUUGCAGGAAGUCACGGUGCCCAUUAUUACCAAUGAGGAAUGUGCUCUUCGUUACAAUGACACCAACACCUAUAUUUCCGAUAGAAAUUUGUGUGCUGGUUAUGACCAAGGAGGAAGAGACACCUGUAGUGGUGAUUCUGGAGGACCACUGACAGCGAACGGUGUACUUUAUGGAGUGGUUUCUGGCGGUAUUGGUUGUGCUGAUGCCAAAUAUCCGGGAACCUACACGAAUGUUUCAAGUGUACGCUCUUUUAUCACAUCAGUUACAGGACUUUGA